AUGUUUCAGAAAGUAUUGCUACUAUUCCAAAUACUCAUUAGUGCUGCAAUAUGUAGCCGGGGCUUAAGAAAUACCGUGUCUACAACAUUUAUUAAGCAAACUACAACCGGGACCAUUACUUCAGAAAUACCAGUCAGCACUAGAAAUGAUAAAGUAGAGCUUACAGUAUAUUACGAAACUCUUUGUCCAGCCAGUGUGGAUUUCUUCGUAACACAGUUAAAGCCCACUGUGAAAAGGCUUACAGAGCAUUUGGACGUCCAUUUAAUACCAUACGGGCACGCUAAGACUUUUCGUUCCCGAGGUCGUUACUUCUUCGACUGUCAGCAUGGCAGGCGAGAGUGCUUCGCAAACAUGGUACAUGCCUGCGCCAUCGACGUACUACGUAACAACACUCAUUCUAUCUUCUUUAACAGUUGCCUCAUGCAGUACAUCUCCUACCAGUCAAACUAUGACUACUUCGUGUCCGUUGUAAGCUGGUGUGGCUAUACAGAAAAAGUACACAUUGCCGAAAUUUGGAAAUGCGUGAAAGGUUUACGCGGCAACAUUCUUCUUAAGAAAUAUGGAGACGCAACACAUGAGCUCAGCCCUUCAUACGUACCUUACUUGAUGAUAAAUGGAUCCACACAACAUCAAGAUGAAGCUUCAUCAGAUUUACUCGGUACUGUCUGUCGAAUUCUCAAUCCUAAACCUAAGGCUUGUCGGAGUUAA